GUUUUGACUUUUCCAAUCGAAGCAAAAUAAAUCAGAUAUUCACUCGUUCGCUCCGAAAUAUAGCGACAAAUCGGUGCGCACGGAAAAAUGUCCGCACCAGCCACGGCGGCACUGGCCCACACGAGACGAGUGUGCUCGCUGUACAAGAAAUCCUUGCGAAACCUUGAAUCGUGGUACGAUAGAAGGCACAUUUUUCGCUACCAUGCAACGCUGAUGCGAGCACGCUUUGAUCAGCAUAAAACCGAGAACGAUCCGGCAAAGGUUGCCCAACUGUUGACGGACGGUGAGAAGGAACUGUUCGAAAAACAGCACUAUCAGCCGAAGAAAUUCCCAAUGUCCCCUGGAGGUGUGGCUUUCGAGCGGGAAGUGAUCCCACCGGACUGGGUGCUCGAUUAUUGGCACCCCCUAGAGAAGGCACAGUUCCCGGACUAUUUUGCGCGCCGCGAAAAGCGCAAGGAAGAGUACGUCGUCUGGUGGGAAAAGCAGUACGGAAAAGCGCCAGCUUCCGAUUCUUCCCACCACUAACCGGGACCGAUGGACCGGAUGAUGGAGCUCGUUUCUAGUGGUGUACAAAUAAUCAAGGGAGUGAGUGUAGGAUUCGUUUGGUGAAAACAAAACUAUUGAAAGCUAUUUAUCUGC